GUAAGUAUUUGUUUAUUCACACAACUUCCAAAUGAACCCCCUUCCUUAAGCCUUAGCUUAAGGCUUAAACCAGAAGAGCACCCAGCAUGCUUCCUGGAGCUGAAUGCAGCUCAGGCGAAUUCAACUCACUUGGGUUUUUUUUUAACCUGUAGGGUGAUUUUCCCUUUCUUCUUUUCAUUUUGCUGCAGGUGAAGACCACAAGGUUCCUGCACACACCCAGAAAUCGUAAUUUCUACUGUUGGAAUGAAGCCCUUGAGUGAGAUGUUGAGAUAAAGCACUGAAACAAGUUUUUUGGGGUCAAGUUUAUAUGAUCUUUUCAAAACAUAAUUGGUUCUUUGCAUCUGUUCAGUCUAACCUACCGCUUAGAGCACUGCCAUGGGGGGUGGACUGCGGGAGCUGCUGCCAGAUCUUGCCUUCCAUCCUUCUUCCUACAAAGCACACAUGUGCAGUCAGGCCUGCGGGUUGUGCAUCGGUCUACUGAGGAAUCCAUGCUGUGUUGCCACAGAUAAUGAUGUUGAUGCACACGGAUAGCGAGGUAUUGAGCUGGCAGCUGUUUUCUUGCCCCUAUCUUAUAACACCAGACGGCGUCAGGGGUGGCAGCCACACAACUUGGGUAUCCUGUGGGCAUCUCAGCUCCUGCUGGCCAAGGUGAAAGCUGCCUGGUGCUCAGCACUGCUCCUGUCUCCCUGGGCUGAGAUCGGAGCUUGGGGCAGCCCCAAGUGCUGGAUGACAGUGGAAAUUCCAGUGUGAAUGCUCUCCAUCCCUCCCCUCAGCAAUAACGCCACUCCAGCGCUCUCCUCAAGGUCCUGGCAAGCUUUUCAGACCUCAUCACGUCUCGGGAUGGUACAUUACUGCCAAUAAACUCCGCGUGCUGUAAAUUAAUUCGCUCCUGUGAUGUGCAAACACUCUUCUCGGCGGAGCAGCGCUGUUACUCAACAGGAAGCAUCCGCAGCCUGACCCGGAGCGUGUCCUUGACUAACGUUCACAAGCACCGCGCAACAGCGGCGCUCCGGGCGCCGGGCCCCCACACGGCCGGCUGCGGGGCCGCGUUCGGCCCGGAUCAGGGGGUGACACCGGGGGGGGGGGGGCAGUGGGGGUGCCCCGUCCCGCACACAACCGGCGGGUUCGCCCCGCGCUGCCUCAGGCGGCGCCGCGGAACGUUCUAGGGCCGCGGGCGGGGCGAGGGGCGCGCGGAGCACCCCCCCACCGCCGCCGCGACGCGCGCAACCGCCUCAAGCUUGUCCCUCGCGGCGCGCCGUCCGCCCACCGCGCCAAGCUCCCCCUUCCCACCUCCCCCGGCCGGUGCCGUACGGGGCCAACCCCCCCCCCCUUCCGGCUUCCGGUGCCGGGUCUAUAAGAACCGCUUCCGCCUCGGCGCGCGCGACGUGCGGUGGGCCCGGACGCGGGGCGGCAGUUUCCGUGCGGGAGCUCGCGCCGCCUGUGCCAUGAACGCCCGCGGGCUGAGCACGGAGAAGGCCGCCGCCUUCACCCGGCGGCUGCGGGCCGAGCCGCAGUUCCUGCUAGCCCAGAACGUGGCGACAUGCAACGACCCGCUGGAGGUGUGCCUGCAGCGGCAGGUGGUGCAGGACACGGUGCAGGUCUUCCAGCACGCCGUGCCCGCCGAGGGCAAGCCCGUCACCAACCAGAAGAACUCCGGGAGAUGCUGGAUUUUCUCGUGUCUCAAUGCAAUGCGUCUUCCUUUCAUGAAGAAAUACAACAUUGAAGAGUUUGAAUUCAGCCAGUCCUAUCUCUUUUUCUGGGAUAAGGUGGAACGUUGUUACUACUUUUUAAAUGCCUUUGUGGAAACAGCUCAGCAGAAUGAGCCUGUGGAAGGCAGGCUGGUGCAGUUCCUGCUCGCCAACCCCACGAAUGAUGGUGGACAGUGGGAUAUGUUGGUUAACAUUAUUGAAAAGUACGGUGUUGUCCCCAAGAAAAACUUCCCGGAGUCUCAUACCACAGAGGCUACUAGAAGGAUGAAUGAGAUCUUGAAUCAUAAGAUGAGAGAGUACUGUUUGCGGCUAAGAAACAUGGUGGAGAGUGGAACAAUGAAAGGAGAACUUUGUGCUGCAAUGGACACAAUGAUAGAAGAGGUAUUCAGAAUAGUGAGUACUUGCCUGGGCAACCCUCCGGAGACUUUCUGCUGGGAGUUCCGGGAUAAGGAGAAGAACUACCACAAAUAUGGCCCCAUGACACCGGUGCAGUUCUACAAUGAGCAUGUGAAGCCUUACUUCAACAUGGAGGACAAGAUUUGUCUAGUGAAUGAUCCUCGGCCUCAGAAUCCAUACAACAGGCUGUACACGGUGGAGUACCUGGGCAACAUGGCAGGAGGGAGGAAAACACUCUACAACAACCAGCCUGUGGAUGUCCUGAAAAAACUAGCUGCAGCAUCCAUUAAGGAUGGCGAGGCCGUGUGGUUUGGCUGUGAUGUUGCAAAGCACUUCUAUAGCAAGCUGGGAAUCAAUGACUUGAAUAUAUAUAACCAUGAGCUGGUGUUUGGUGUCUCUGUCAAGAACUUGAACAAAGCAGAACGGCUAAUCUUUGGGGAAUCCAUGAUGACCCAUGCCAUGGUGCUGACAGCUGUCACUGAGAAGGAUGGGCAAGAAGAUGCAUUUGAAAAAUGGAGAGUGGAAAACUCUUGGGGUGAAGACCGUGGUAAUAAAGGUUACCUGAUCAUGACUGAUGACUGGUUUUCUGAGUACGUGUAUGAAGUGGUGGUGGACAAGAAGCAUGUACCAGAAGACAUCCUGGCAGUGAUGGAGCAGGAACCAAUUGUUUUGCCAGCGUGGGACCCUAUGGGGGCUUUAGCCAAGUGAAUAUUUGCCUCUUAACGGUCAACCAGAAGUAGAUGCAAUAGAGAAUUCCAGUGGUUGGAAGCCAUAGCCAAAUGAUAAUGUGACCAAGCCCUCAGCAUGGUCCAUAUUCUUGAAAUGUAAGUUAAGGAUCAUUGGGAAAUAGCGCUUUACUGACUCGCCUGAAUGAAGCUCUCGGACAGGCUGCUCCAAAAGCUAAAAAGGGGAAAGGCAAAACCUCAUCAUGGAAAAGUAUUACAAGUGCUGCCAAUGGCACUUUGAUUUCACCUGAAAUUCUGAAUAGAAAUCACCGUAGUAACUUAAAAUUACGUAGACCAGUGUUUUCCCUAGCGAAGAUGGCCAUUAAAGGCCCUUUAGAAUUGCCAGCUAAGUGAUUGUUAGAACAAAUACACUGAGAUCCUUAUAAAUUAACCAUCCAUAGUCUGGCUUGUACCGUAAAAGAAUGCCCAAAAGAUUUUAUAUAUUUACACUUUUAGACGUGCUGAAGUUUUGGAGGGGACAAAAGAAUUGAAACUGCUAAAAAUUACCUUUUUGAAAAUGCUAUUUUCCAGCAGAAAUGGGGGGAGGGGGGUGUUUGGAAUCUGUUUCCUUGAGGUUUCCUGUUUCACUUGUUUUUAUUCUUCCAUCAUUGAGCUAGGACUGGAUAACCCACGUCAAGGCCCAGUGCCAUGUCUGUGUGCACAGGAGCGCUAUUUUCCAGUUACAUUAGCAAGAACAACCAUAAGUAUGUUCCCAGGUGGAGUUAGUGUCAUGCUCAACAGAAAAAAAAACCCCCAAUGUUUUAAUUGCUGCAUUUUAUUUGGAUGUUUUAAAAACCAAGAUGGUGCUAUGAAGCUUUUGAAUAAACACUUUCUAAAGUGA